AUCUCAAUGAUUCCUUCAUUUUCAAUGGGAUCUCUUUCUUUGUGAGUUUUAUUUUCACGUCACAACAGUUGAUCACCGAAGAAGCAAUUUUCCAAAUCUUUUUGUUGUUAAUCAAAAUUGCGUGUAUGGCGAUCAGAUUCACUGUUUCUUACUCCGGCUACGUGGCCCAAAACCUAGCCACCGCCUCCGGAAAAUCCAAUACAUGCCGAAUUUUUCACGAGGUUUUUUCUCGUCCUCGUAUAUUCCAGAAUCCCGACCGAGAUCCCGUCGCCGGGUACGGUCUGGCAGCAACGGCGGGUUCAAGGUGUUCGGUUUCGGCGUAUGCCACUCUCGCAUGUGAUUUUCUUGGCGUUGAGACCUCCUCCAAACCUUCUCCCCUCGUUGUUGGAUUGAUCUCGUUGGUAAAGUCAACAGCUACCAGUGGUGGCGUUGGUGGUGGUUCUGGGGUUUUUGGGAUUUCGCCGUUGAAGGCGUCUUCCAUGAUUUCGUUUUUCCAAGGGUCGAAGUGGCUCCCAUGUAACGAGAUUAACAGUACGGAGGUUGAUAAAGGCGAUACUAGCUCGACGAAGUCCAAUCAGACUACUACUGAUUGCGUGAAAACCUGCAAUGUUGCAAGUACCAAAAUCAUCGUUGAGAGGAACAAUUGGUUUUCAAAACUAUUAAGUGUUUGCUCUGAUGAUGCUAAGGCUGCCUUCACCGCUUUGAGUGUCAGUAUCUUAUUCCGAUCGCAGUUGGCUGAAUCAAGAUCCAUUCCCUCUACAUCCAUGAGCCCUACCCUUGAUGUGGGUGAUCGCAUAAUGGCCGAAAAGGUUUCAUACAUCUUUCGGAAGCCAGAAGUUUUAGAUAUUGUGAUCUUCAAGGCUCCUCCCAUUCUUCAGGAAUUUGGCUACAGUUCUGGUGAUGUAUUUAUAAAAAGAAUUGUAGCAAAGGCUGGAGAUUGGGUUGAGGUAAGAGGAGGUAAACUACUAGUGAAUGGUGUAGCACAAGAUGAAGAAUUCAUCUUAGAGCCAUUAAAAUACGAAAUGAAACCUAUGCUUGUGCCAGAAGGGUGUGUCUUUGUGAUGGGUGACAACCGUAACAACAGUUAUGAGUCGCACGACUGGGGUCCACUUCCGGUGAAAAACAUUGUAGGUCCCUUCUCUACUGUGUUCCGUGAAAUGAUACUCUCCUACAUUAUGCAGCCAUGUUGUAUAAUCUUAGCCAUUACACCUGCAAAUUCAGAUUUGGCAAACUCAGAUGCACUUCAAAUGGAUGGGAUUGUUGAUAUGGAGAGCAGGACAGUUGAGACAUUAUAUCAAAAACCUAAUAGUGCAAAAGACAUUCCUUCAAAUUCUGAGGAAGUUGAUCCUAAAUUACAUUUUUACCCCUGUUUUGAAACUUUAUGGAUCAUGGAUCUGUCAUCUGGUAUCAUUCAAGAAAUGGUCAAAGGAUCUUCAAAGAUUAUAGAGAUCUGUGGACAGUUGAUAAAUGAGAAAUCAUCCCUCGUAAAAGAAAUACUGCCUAGUCAGCAGCUGCCACAAAAUAAUUUCUCGGUGGAGGGUAUUUCACGUGCGGGUCUGCUUUAUUCUGUGUUUCUUGCAGAAACUUUGGAUGUUGUUCAAGACAUUGAUUGGGUCAUUUCUCUUGGAAAUGCUUUCGCAAAGCAGUAUGAGCUUUAUACAUAUGAUGAUGAGCAUUCUGCACUACUUCACAGAGUAUUCUUCUCCUACAAAUGUCUUGGUAUACUUCUUCAGAAAGUUGAUAACAUGACUUAUGUUCGUGAUAAAAUCGUCUGGAUGUACAAACAAGCAAAUAAUCUAGAUUUCAAAUUCUUGAAUUGUGACUCACCCCUGCAGCUUUCUGAAUGCAGGCUUAUUUUGGUGCUGGAUUAA